AUGGUCAGACGUCCUGAGAAGGAGGUCGAAAACAGCACCCUCGCAAUGCUGCAGGCUUUGCGGACAGCGAAGAGUGUGCCUGGCAAGGAGCUCCUGCGGCUCAUCGAUGAGCACUCGCAGUCAUGUGAGGAGUAUGCCGAAAUCCUUCCGCAAGCCUGGAGCAGGGUCAACAAGCUGACGGAAGCUCUUCGAACCGAUCUUCGAGGAUCAGGCUUCAAAGAAUUGCCAGCGGACGCUGCCACGCAGUCUGGCAUUUUCAGUGAAUUCCUCUCCUCGCUGGGGGCGACGGACUUGGUGCAGCAGACGACGCAGACCCAGACGACGACGGUGCUUCCUUCCGUCACGCCGCUUGAACCAGCAGAACAAGCUGUUGAGCUUGGUGUGGUGCUGGACCACCUCGAACAAGGGCCAGCGAAAGCAUUGCAGGCCGGCCGUCGGCUGGAGAGCGAGCUGAAGGAAAUGGUUAAGCUGCUGCAAAGGCUCCGAGUCUCGUGGCCAGAGCUAAGGGCUUCUGUGGAGGGUGCUUUCGAAUCUGGAUCGCAUAUCAGGACGAAGGAUCUUGCACAGGCCCUGAAGCAGGUUCUGCAGUUUCGGAGGCAACUGAGUGCUGCUGUCCCGAGUAUCGAAGCUUUGUGUGAUUCCUUGGAAGACGCAACGGAACAGGUCCGUCAGCGGGAAGAGGAGCGUCUCCGGUUCAAAGCCAUGACAAGGGACGUGCUCGAUGGCCAGAACAAGGCGCUUGCUGCCCGUGUGUCCGCCGUCCUGUGGCUGAGACGAUGCGGUCGUUCCGGUCCCCCAAAGCCAGAUCAGUCGAGGUUCGACAUUGAACAGGCCUCUGAGGCACUUGAGCGCAAUCUGGAGGCUGCAAAGGAUAUGGAAAGCCGGCUCGUGAAAGGCGCUGGGACAGUCAUGAAGAGGGAGGCAUGCCACCAAGUGGUGCAGCGCACUGUUGCCAGAUUGUCCGUCUUGCGGGGCAAAGUUCUUACCGCUGCAGAGACGGUCUCAGCUGCCAGGGCAGACUUAGCCGGAGCUCGGCGAAGCAGCCAGUUGGCCCUGACAGAAGCAGCUGCAACAGCGCUGGAGCAGCUUAUGCUCGCGUUGGAUGAGGCAACCUCACAUGUGGAUGCUGGCGGUGGCCAGCGCUCCCGCACCGAAGCACAGGCUGCCAUGACAGCUGGUGGAGAGUCGCCGAUGUCACCGACUUCGGCGGUUGUGGACGCGGCUCGAGGGGCUCCGGCCGAAGUAUUGCAGGAUUUGCAGACUUCUCCGAGCCUGGGCUUGUUGCUGUGA